GUGGACAGGUGCUCUGAAAAUUGACGUCCCAGCCGUAUUCCCGUUCUCUCUCUCCCCCUCUUCCGGUCCGCAGCAGCCGGGAGCGCUUGGACUAACCCCAGAGCAUCAGUUGUACUCUUCACAAACGCGCGUAUUUUUCCGUGGCCACCGCGGCUGCUUUUCUAAGACAAGGGGCAGGACAUCUCCCAUUUCAUAUUUGUCAUCGCUAUUGGCUGCCAUUAAGGUUCGUCCCUUCCAGCUCCACCGCACUCUACCCUCCUGAGGUCAUCUCUCACUUCAUCAUCUUUCUCUUUCUACACCAUCCCCAGCAAGCACCAGAGCCAGCGACGGUCGAACGACGACCAAUACUACUAACCAUUAACAGCAACGAACGAAACUAGAGCGAAAGCUACCCUUGCAGCUAUAUCAAGUGUCAAAUCCAAGGUCGAAUCGCCAAGAAGGAUUUUGCAGCAUGGACAUCCUCAGUUCUCCCCACAUCCCACCAUCACUCAUCGGAGCCCUUACACUCUACCCGCUUUUGUUCACUACUCUCGACAAGCUGCCAUGGACCAAGCGGGUCCUACCACUUAAGGCUGAUACCCAGAAGCACUACCACCUCUGCAACAAGAUCGUGGCCUCUGUUCACUCGACAAUCAUGACCAUCACCGGUACAUAUCUCCUCCUGACCGUCGACUGGUCCAAGAACGACAUGUCGACCUACAUGACCGCGCUUACACCCUUCCUCGUCGGACUCGAGCUGGGCUACUUGACCCAGGAUACUGCCUUUGAGUUUUAUCAGCGUGCUCGGUUCGGUGUCGGCAGCAACCUGAUCCUUUUCCAUCAUGUCGCCGUCAUCCUCGGAUCCGCCUACUAUCUCUACGCUCUUACUCUCAACAAUCCAGGACCGUAUUUUAUUGGCAUGCUUUCUCUCAUGAAUAUGAGUACGCCGAUCCUACACUUCCGCUGGGUUCUUCAAAGUCGAGGCCGCACAUUCACCAACUCAAGGUUGAAGCGAUUUAUUGAUACGGCUCUGAUGGUGACCUACUUUUGGUGCAGAAUUUUCGGCAAUUGGUGGAUGGGUGUCGCCAUUGGUGCCAAGCUGGGCGUGUCCUGGUACCAGGCACCACUCUACAUCGGCAAGAAGUAUACGAUCACGACAACUAUCAUGUUCCUAAUGAAUGUGGCAUGGUGGCUCAUUCUUGCCAAGCAAUGGGUCAAAUCCGUCAAGGGCUUUUACUUCACGAAAAAAGUUGCCAAGAAAUCAGAGUAAAUCUAUUUGGCCUUAUCAUUAUAGAACUCUCUACUCGCUAAUAAUCGUUUGGUUCGUCCUUUACGUAAACGUCAUUGUUUUUGCACAAUAAACUGUUCAGGUAGUAAACUUGGAUUCCGCC